UCACUACGUCAUCUUCAUGCGACCGCAGCUGUUUCUCAGAGGGAGUCCGACUGUCUGAGUGUGUGAUGAUGAGGCUUCACUCAGACUCUUCACAGAGUUAUUAAACUAUCAGCGAACUGUUCCUGUUUAUAUCCGGUGUGUGAGUGUGUGUGUGUGAGUGUGGGGUUUAGAGUUUCCGGCUCCGGGUUUAGAAUCAGCUGUAAACAGACUGUCUGUGGUUACACGUGGUAAACUCCAGGUUUUUGUAGUUUUAUUAAACGGUCGGACAAACAGACUCCGACAGAUCGACACCGUGGAAAUGUCCCGGCACAAGAAGAAGAACGGAGUCCCGGACCGAUGGCUGGAUUAUAAAGCUGUUGGGAAAAGACUCCACGGGACACGAUUCAUCGCCUUCAAAGUUCCUCUCAAACAGGCUCUGAACCGUCAUCUUCCGCUCUCAGACGUGUUCGGGCCCUGGGAGCUGCUGGACGCUCUGAACAAAGACCAUCAGGAGCUGGGUCUGAUCAUUGACCUGACCUUCACCACACGCUACUACCAACCACAGGAUCUGCCAGAGUCGCUGCUGUUUGUGAAGAUCUUCACCGCCGGUCAUGAGGUUCCCAGUGACGACACCAUCCUGAGCUUCAAACGAGCUGUACGGAGGUUUCUACGAGACAACGCAGACAAUGAUAAACUGAUUGGAGUUCACUGCACCCACGGUCUGAAUCGUACCGGCUAUCUGAUCUGCAGGUAUCUGAUAGAUGUCGACGGGAUGGAUCCUAAACAGGCUGUAGAGUUGUUCAACUCGUCACGAGGCCACGCCAUAGAGAGAGAGAACUAUCUGGACGACCUGCAGCAUGGACCAAAGAGGAGUAAUGAGGGGAUGGAGGAGUCUGAGCAGGAGCCACAGAGAGGCUCUGCUGUUCACCGGCCACUUCACACCUCACUGGACUCUGAGAGCCGAGACGAGAGACGACCACACUUCACUGACGCCUUUCACCACAGAUCUUUCCCUCCACGAGAAACAAACCACCGCUCACUUCAUCGCCCUCCACACGACGGCCUCCUCCCCACCCCACCGUUACUCCCUCUGUCUCCGUUUCGUCCACCGCUGGAGCCCCGUUUCCACCCGUAUCGAUGGGCCUCCCCUCAUCCUGACAGUCAGGGGAGGAGGCCCCCCCGCUCAGAGGAGGGCAGGUCCAGAUACCCCCCGUUUGAGCCGGAGUGGGGUCCAGCCCCCUACCUGCAGGAGGACAGGAGAAGAGGACCUCUGCCUCCUCCCCUCCCUCACUACUCCCCCAACUGGACCAACCAGUCCAGCAGCUGUGACGGAGCUGAGGAGGAGUGGGCCCGUCCCACAGUGAGACAUCAGCACAGACACAGACACAGAGUGAAGGGAUACGACUACUGAAACACUCAGAGCUCUGUUCAGCAGCUGCAGAGCGACGUUAGGUCAGAGCACAGAACAGACGCUUCCACAGGUUCACUGAGGGCCCAUGUUUGGUUCUGAUAAUCUGUUUAACUCACCUCACUGACUUUACAUAGCGUUUACCCACUGAGAGGACAGGGUGAGGACUCUCAUCCAGAGAGUUAUUGGUGGUUGUAACUGUUCCUCUGCUGUCCACUGUCCUGUUUCAGCCUUAAAGUCAGUUUACUGGAUCUGUUUUCAUGGUGGUGCAAAGACUGUUUGGUGUUGUAUCGACUCUGAUGCUGUCUUUGUCCGUCUGCGUGUGUUGUUGUGCAGAGGUGGAAAGAGGAAAGAAACCAGCAGCAGGUUCAUUCAGAUGAGCCUGUGCAGAGUGAGUCGUUGGUAUUUUCUUAUCUGUUUUCUUACAGCUUCACUGUAGCACUGGUGUUUUUAUCAACAGAGUAAAGACUUAAGCUUAAAAUUUGAAUAAACAGUUUUGAUGAACCGCUCUUCAACCAGGAGAUGUUUUUAAAUUGGCACCAAAAAUGAAUGUUUGAGGUUAAUUCACUGACGUCUCUGCUUUAAAUCCCUGCAGCCGCCUGAAGGCAGCAGGACAUGUUGAUAAAUCUGCAGCCUCUGAUUGGACAGUCAGAAGCUGCAGGUGUGUUUACCUUCAUUAAAUCACAAGAAAAUGACAAA